ACAUUUAAUUAUCGCAGUAGACAAGCAUUAAAAGAAUUUAGAACGAUGACGGUGCGCGACUAUAUCCGAAAGUUUAUACUGAUGAACUGGAAGAACCACAAGUUGCAGCUGUCCAAUCCGUGGGAACUAGUGCUCAUAGUGCUUAUACCACCUUUAUUCACACUUGGGGCGGUUGCGCUGCGGUUCUAUAUUCCUGUGGAACCACGAUCGGAUAAGCUGUACGAUCCGAUCGAUAUGGAUCGCCACUGGAUGGAAAUGGUGGAGAAGCUGCAGAAGGCCAGUGAUGUCGCCAAGGAGCACAACGUUAAGAAGAACCCGUUUACGCCGCAAUUGACCAUCGGUUGGGCACCCAAACGCUACAAUGUCUUUAACUCCAUGAUGGAAAAGGUGACGAAACAAAUCGAUCCGAUGACCAAGGUGGGUUUCGAUGAUUGUGAGAAACUGCGAGAUGCGAUGAUCGAGGACAAUCUGUUCGCCGGCCUCUGUUUCGAUGGACAUGCCUUCAAGGAGGACCACAAUUUCGAGGAAGGUGCCCUGGAGAACCCUGCCAACUUCCAUCCGGUGCUUAAUUACACUAUCUUUCUGCCCAGCGAACUGAGGAUGCUUGGCGGUAACUUCAUGAUGGGCAACUGGAUGACUUUGUACAGGGACGAUCCGAACACCUUCGUCCUGGUUCGCCUCAAUCAGCCGGAAGAUGGCGGAUUUGUGGGCUACGUUCGUGAGGGCUUCAUUCGAUUGCAGAAGGCCGUCAGCGAAGCCUUCCUGAUCCUUACCAGUCACAAAUCCCUGCCAACUAUUCAGUUAAGACGCUUUCCCGUCAUCGCACGGGAACAGGAUCCCCUGAUGUACUAUCUUGACUACGGCAUGUCCUUCUUGAUCGUCGUUGGCUUUCUCUUUCCCACUCAACUUUUUGUUUGGCAAGUCGUUAAUGAGAAACAAUCUCAAGUUCGGCAGUUUCUGAUAAACAUGAAUAUUGGCAAUCUAAUUCACUUCGUUUCCUGGUAUUUCAAGGGUCUAUUCUACAUGUUGAUCAGUUCAUUUCUGAUCUCAGUUUUGUUAAAGAUUCGCUGGAACCACAACCACGGAGUGCUGACCAACACUCCCUGGUACAUCGUGCUUUUAGUAUUAACAUGCUAUAAUAUCGCAUCGGUUGCCUUUGCCAUAAUGGUGGCCGCUUUUUUCCGGAAUGCCCACAACGCCGUUCGGGUGAUGACGAUCAUGUGGGUGAUGUCCUAUGUGCCCACCUUUGUGCUGUGGAAUAACCCGGAGAACAAAAUGCAACCACUGCGCUACGUGUCGUAUAUUUUUCCCAAUGUGGUCCUCACUCUGGUACUCGAGUGCCUGAUCGAAGGGGAAUCGAUGUUCGCCAUUGAAUGGUCGGAUGCUGGCUAUCAUCUGAACUAUAAAAGUGGUCCCAUAACGGUAGCCUGGAGCUGUUGGAUCUUCAUGCUGAACGCACUGGUUUACUGUGCCAUUGGAAUGUACGUGGACAUGUGGCGUGGCGGCGAACGAUCGUCGAAAAAGAUGAAGAAGCCGAGUACAAAUGCCAGUGUACACGAGGAUACCUACCAGGAGCGAGCGGAUAGCUUUACGCAUCAGGGCCAGGCCAUUGGCGUUAAUUCCACAAAGAUCUACGAAGUGGAGCCCUCGCACAGACGCUUCAAGCUGAAGAUCAAGAAGCUCUGCAAGCGUUUUGGGGCCAAUGACCGGCCCGCCUUGAAUCUUUUCUCGUGGAAUGUGUACGAGAACGAGGUCACCGUAUUGAUGGGUCACAAUGGCUGCGGCAAGAGUACACUGCUCAAAAUUCUAGCCGGCUUAGUGGAGCCCAGUCGGGGUACCGUGAUGAUAUCCAGCUAUAAUACACAAACUGAGAGAAAGGCGGCCUCCAUGGAGUUGGGCAUCGCCUUUGGCCAAGAAAUGCUCUUUGCCAGCUUCACCGUCAUGGAUUAUCUGCGAUUUAUUUGCCGUGUAAAGGGCCUACACAAUUCCAUCGAAAUCGAGGGACAAAGCAAUUAUUUUCUUAACGUCUUGGGACUGGGACGUAUAAAAUCCAAACGCAUCCACAAAUUAACCGGCGGCGAUUUGUGUUUGGUUAGCAUUUGUUGUGCUUUCGUGGGAAACAGUCCCAUUAUCCUCAUAGACGAUAUACACUCGGAUCUGGAUAGGGAAACACAAGCCCUGAUCUGGAAUCUGAUCAAUGAGGAGAAAUCGAAGCGCACCAUUAUCCUGGUCUGCAAUUCACCAGCGCUGGCCGAAAAGAUCGCCGAUCGAAUGGCCAUUAUGUCGAAUGGAGAACUCAAGUGCACCGGCACAAAACCAUUUUUGAAAAAUAUGUACGGACAUGGCUAUCGAUUGACAUGCGUUAAGGGCAAACACUGCAAAAUUGAGGAUCUCAUAAACCUGAUGAACAGCUAUAUGCCCAACAUGAGCAUCGAAAGAGACAUUGGGUUCAAGAUAACAUUCGUGCUCGAGAACAAGUAUGAAGAUCAGUUUCCGAUGCUGCUCGACGAUCUGGAAAAUAAUAUGCAGCGUCUGGGAGUGGUAAGUUUUCGGAUUCGGGACACCUCGAUGGAGGAGAUCUUCUUGCGAUUCGGAUGCGAGGAGAACGAACAGAUGGGCGGUUACCAACCGCACGAGAACACCCAAGUACUUUUGGAGGAAUACUACGCAACGCUGGCGGAGGCCAAUGAAAGGGGUCGGCUAACCGGCUGGAAGUUGAGUUUGAUACAUGCCAGGGCAAUGUUCUAUAAACGAUGGAUCGUGGGCCUUCGACAUUGGCUGCUUGUGCUUUUUGAGCUAAUGGCCAUUGUCUUUCUGUCGCUGUGCACUUUUUCCUCCGUUGUCGUCUAUGGCAAGAACUACGAUUUGGUGCCGCUGACCUUUAACCUCAGUCAACUGAACACUGUCGACGCCUUCGUGGAGCUGUUCUCCGAGGAGGACGAGGUCAAGGACAUGCAUGCCUACUACGCGGAACUACUUUAUUGGUACGACGCCCAUGUUGCUAUCCUGGCGAAAAGCCGGCAGAAGAAAUACGCCCUGUUGAACCCCAACGACUUCUCAUACCACGUGAACUAUCGGUACAUUUUUGGAGCCACCUUCGAUCAACAGAAGGUCGUCGCCUGGUUCAACAACAUACCACUGCACACGGCACCUUACGCCCUAAAUGUCGUCCACAACGCAGUGGCCAGGCACCUGUUCGACGAGGAGGCCACCAUCGACGUGACCCUGCACCCCCUGCCGUUCCAGACGAGCAUCAACACCUUCCCGUCGAGCAAUAUCAAAUUUGGGGCCUUGUUCGCCUGCAGCACUUGCUUUGUGUUCACAUUCAUUUGGCCAGCAUUUGCGAUUUUCAUGAUUAGCGAACGCGGAAGUAUAAUGAAAAAGCAACAGUUUUUGGCCGGAGCUAGAUUUUGCAGCUACUGGAUGUUCACAGCACUAUAUGAUAUCUUCUUUCUGCUCAUCUACUGCCUGUCCUUGUUGAUAUUGGUGGCCAUUUACGUGGAUCCCAGCCACGACCUAAUGUUUUACGUUUUUCUGUCAAUCACUAUAAUAAUGGCUGGACUUUGGGUAAUCCUGCUCGCGUAUUUGAUAUCGGCCAUCUGCCGAAAUCCGUGCUAUGGACUCAUGUGGCUGUGCGGAAUAAACAGCGUUGGCCUAAUCGUAUUCGUACAGCUGCAUAGAAAUGAGUUGGACAAGUUGAAACUUUCGCCGAGCUUCCUGGCCAUGUAUUCAGCGGCCGCGGUUAUAUUCAAAAUUUUCGUUUUUUAUGAGUACAAUCUGUUUUGCAAGGAUCCCCAUGUCAAUUUCACCUCCAUCGAAGUCUUCAAGUGCAAGAGCACCCCGAACUGUUGCAAGAGCAUGGACAACCUUGCUUCCGCUGCGGACAUUAAAGAGCAUCUCAUAGUUCUUGCUCUACUUAUCCUUAUUAUCAGUAUUAUAUUAUUCUUCACGGAGUAUAAUUCGGUUGUUGGAUUCGGAGUGUGUCGUGCGAGAUCGAAAUCCGCUGUGCCGGCGGAGAGGGAUCAGGAAGGUGGUAUGGCACACAGCCAAUUUUCGACCUCCUCAACCAUCCCCGAAAGACAUCAGACCAAUAAUUUCUCGGAGGAGGAGCGCAGUCGUUGCGCAGCCGUGGGAUUGGAUAUAACCACCAAGUUUGGCCGUAGACAAGUGCUUCGAAACCUGGACUUCUCAGUAGCUAAAUCGGAGUGUGUGAGUAUCACCGGCGCGAACAACUCCGGCAAGACGACCCUGCUGAAGCUGAUUGUGGGCGAGGCGAGGCCAAAGAAGGGUCAGAUCUGGAUAAUGGGCACCUCGAUGCAGCGCCACCGGAUGCGGUGCUACCGAAUGGUGGGCUACUGCCCGCAGAGGGACCGCCCACCGGCGGAGUUCACGCCCCGGGAUCUGCUCUACAUCCACGCUCUGCUGCAGGGCCACCGCCACCGGAUAGCCAGGGAGCUGUCCGAGUCGCUGCUCCGGAUGAUGGGCCUCACGCCCUGCUGGAAUCGAUCGGCGCACAUGUGCACCACGGGCCAACUCCGGCGAUUGUCCUUUGCCCACGCCGUGCUCAGCUCACCGGAUCUCGUCUGCGUGGAUGGAGUGCCAGCCGGUUUGGAUCCCAUCGGCAAGCAGACCAUCCUGAUGAUGACCUCCAGCAUGCUGUCCAUGGGCUCCAGCUUCAUGUACACCACACUCACCAGUCUCGAUUCGGAGAGGCUGUGCAUGCGCACGCCGCUCCUUUUGGAUGGCCAGCUCUAUACGAUCGCAGCCCUGAAUGGCAAAACCGAGAACUACAAGGGUGGCUAUCAGCUGAAGGUGCGGUUCAAGCGCAAGGUCAAUCCCAAUGUCAGCAUGUCACGGACCACAUGGAACCUCAUCAACCACUUUCCCAUGUCGCCGAACAAGAAGUUCAGCGCAUUCAUGGAGCUCAAGUUUCCGCAGGCGACGCUUAAGAUCGACAACGAAGAGUCGAUGGUUUUCCAAUUGCCGCUGGAAACGACAACCUUUUCGGAAAUAUUCCUUACUCUCCGCAAAGAUGCCUUCGAAAUGAACAUCGAGGACUAUUUCAUCACGCGCAACGUUCGCAUUGAACUCCAAACCUUACUCAUCAAUGAGUACUAGAAGUGUUUUGUUAAAAU